AUGGCUCGUGCAGAGUUGAUGAAUAUUACGAGAUACGACAGCGGCACCAGCUGGACUGCGUUCUUCCGCAAAAUACACUCUACUAAGGGGCCCAAAUAUGGCGAUGCGCUAGGGGGUUCUGUCUUUAGGUUCGAUGAGCUGACUGGCAGCAAACAAGUCGACCAAGUUCAGCCCACCGAUCUCCCACCUAGGGCCGAGUUUGAGCGAGCGUCCUUGAAGUUCUUCGCCGAGAUCAAUUGCGUAAACUAUAUUUUGAGCUAUGAGCAGUUUUACGUCUAUAUGUCCGACUGCUUGGAUCAAAGGCACCCGCUCAGCCAUGGGGUAUUCAUGCUCUUGUGUUUGAUACUGUCAUUUGACUCCAAGUACGAGGAGUUCUUUUCCAAGGCAUGCGGACAUGUUGAGUAUACAUUUGAGGAAGGAAGCAUAGCCAGUGUGGAGUCUCUAAUGCUUCUCGCUUUGUGCCGGCUGAACAGAGAUCAGAGAAAUCUAGCCUGGAUCACUCUUGGUUGCGCGUCCAGGAUUGCGCAGUCCUUGGGACUGCACUUGAAGGAAUCGUGCUGGGAAGAAAAGUCUCCUUCUAUUAUUGAGAGCCGAAAGCGUUUAUGGUGGUCUCUUUACGACCUGGAAAUUUGCCUCGCAUAUCGUCUUGGAAGAAACCCCGGGAUCAACCCAGCAUUCUGCAGUUUGGAUAUCCCGUCUCAGGCGAUGUUGAACAUGACUCCAUACACUCCUCCAGAUUACCACAAAGCCGUCGCUCAGCUAAGCAAGAUCACUUACCUGAUAGUACAGGAUCUAUACGGGCCGAGAGCGGCGCAAAUCUGCCUUGACAGUCGUGCCGAGGAGAUUUUGGGUGACAUACAGUGCUUUUGGAACGAAUUGCACGAGUAUCUAAAGCCUGGGGCCCCUUUGGCAGCAUCUCAUAGUCGGGCCGUCCACUACCUCGGACUCCGCUAUGAGUACACAAUUCUGGUUGCGACAAGACCGUCGGUGGUCUCUUGUUGGAAGUCCUUCGGCUCUUGCAGCGACCGCUUGAUGCAACGUGUACAACUGUGCGAAGCAGCCAAUAGAAGGUCCCUCAUACUCCUCAAGAGAAUGGCCCAAGAAGGUUUAUUUAGUCAACAAAACUUCCUGGAUGCGACUUAUGUGCUUGCCAACGCACUGAUUUUGCUCUUGAGGCUCGUCAAAGACCCUUCAAGAGAACUCCUCAUGGAAGCGGAUGAAUAUUGCCUCCUCAUCGACAUGACCCAGCAUCUGAACAUCGGCAGGGUGACAAAACGUCAUUUCGAAGAGACCACAUGCGAAAUAAGGUCAAGACUUGGGUGA